AUGUUCAUUCCCCGAAGUUCAUUUAUAGAUAUUAAUCAUAACGAACAUAAAAAAUUAUCUUUAAAUGAAACUACCAAAUCUUUAAAUUCCACCCUUGGCUUUGAUCAUAUUUAUAUCGUUAAUCUUGCAACUAGACAAGAUAGGCUUGAGAAAAUGAAAGCCAUGACAAAUGCUCUUAAUUUAGAUGUUGAAUUUUUUACUGCCAUUUCCAAGGAUGAUUCCAGAAUUCUCAAUAGAUUUAAUAAUUCAACUUAUAUGAAUUCAUCGCAUAAAGCAUGUUUCGUAAGCCAUUAUUUGCUCUAUUCAUCAAUUGUCUAUAAUCGUUAUGAUAGUGCAUUGAUAUUAGAAGAUGAUGUAGAUAUUGAACUCAACAUUACGUCAAUAAUGACUUAUAUUCAUAGUGUAUUACCCUCAGAUUGGGAUCUUUUAUAUAUUGGGCAUUGUAUGGGCUGGGAGGGUGCGUUUGAUCAACCUUUGGCUGAGACAUCAGAAACCUUUAAAUUAUAUCCAUCUAAAAAACCAUAUUGUACACAUGGUUAUGCCGUUUCAGCCGCUGGUGCUCUUAAACUUUUAAGCCAACUUGCUGAAUUAUAUCUACCACUUGAUCUUCAAUUAAUCUCAAAGAUUGAUGAAGGUGUUCUCAAAUCGUAUAGUGUUAGUCCUGCAGCUAUCAUACAAACUAACGAUAAUCCAUCUGAUGUAUCUCCUGGGGCUGACUUUUUAGAAUACAGAACUUUAAUAAAUUCUACAUUACAAUCGUUGGAAUUUAAAUAA